CUAUCUCAUAUUUUUCUCUUUAUUAUCUCUUUCCAUUGUCAGAUCUUGAAGAAAAAAGGCUCAAGCUCCUUCCUCCAACGGCUAGAGCGUUGUGGGCCCAUCACAGUUGCAGUCCAGCUGAGGAACUCGCUGUCAGAGGUGAUCAGUAAGCUGCAGGCUUCCACCCCUCACUUUGUGGAGUGUGUGCGCCCCAACGCCAGUGGUCAGCCAGACAGUUUUGACAGCUUCCAUGUGUCUACCCAGCUGAAGUACAUCGGGGUACUGGAGAUGGUGCGCAUGAUUCGUUAUGGAUACCCUGUCCGCCUGUCCUUCCCAGGCUUCCUCAGCAGCUUCUUCUUUAAAUCUUACAAAUGAUGGAUGGCUCUGCUUCUUCUCUUUGUCUGCCUCAAUGAUCUUUGUUGUUCGGAUACUUUACGCACCCAGCAGGUCACUGUGAUCUCUGUCAGUUUAUGUAUGACAGGGCGAGCAGGUCAGAGUAAGCUGAA